ACAAGCCUGUGUCUUCUCUCCAUCUCCAGCUGUGACGGUGAUGGAAGAGGAGGUGUCUCUGAGAGUGCUGCCGAUGGACCCAGCUGACAGGGGCACCCAGAGGGUCAGACUGGGCCCAGGGCUGAUGUCCUCCCUGGGGUUGGCGCUGGGCUCUCCUGUUCUGGUGGCUCUGUCUGGAGGAUCCUGUCUCUGUACUGCCUGGCCCAGGCCUGACCUAGCUGACGGAUUCAUACAGAUAGACAUGAAAUGUUGCUCUCCAAAUCUUAUCUUAAACAAAGCCACACCCACACACCUCACCCUCAGCCUACCCCUAACCCCCAGCCCUAGCCCCAGCUCUAGCCCACUUCCCCCCAGCCCAUGUCGAAGCCCCAGCCUCACCCCAGUCUCCUGCUCCAAGCUGAAAGGCAUCAGAGUAUCAGUGGUGGUUCAGAGUUUGGAGUUCCGGAAAACCACUCCUCCCAGUUUCAUCCAUGAACUUGUGAAGGACAUGCUGAAAGGAACGUAUGUCCACCAGAAUCAUGUGAUAGAUGUGGGUGACUAUGACACGGACAUUAAACUGAUCGUCAUCGAGAGCCUGAACCCAGAGUCCACCGUGGCUGGUUUGGUUACAUCUAAGACGGGGGUGGAAAUAACGGGGACGAGGACCCUCAGGCACUACAGAGGACAGCUACAGGAGCAGCCCCGGGUCCUACUGGGAGGACUGGAGGAGGUGAGGACCCAGGAUGAGGCUGCGUCUCAAUAGUCUACAGUGGCGUCCUCUUCUCCUCUCCUCCUCAAUAGUCAAUUUCAAUUGUCACAUCGUUCACUCUGAUGUGACUCAGUAGGUGAAAGCAAUAUGGACUCUAGGAUGCCUCUUGGGAAUGUAUUUUCUCUUCUCCUGAAGUCUUUAGUUAGUCAAUGCAGUUGGAGGAGAGGAGAUGAGUGGAGGAAGUCACUGUAGAUGAAGGACAGAAAGAACCUUUAGUCUCUGUCUAAUCAUGUCUUUAUUGUCUGUGAUUCCAGGUGUCAGCGUGUCUGAGAGAGAUGUUGCGCCUGCCCCUGCAGUACCCUGCUACCCUGGGCUCCCUGGGUCUGUCCUGCCCCAGAGGAGUGCUACUGGCUGGGCCCCCGGGGGUCGGAAAGACCCUGCUGGUCCGCUGCCUGGUGGGGGAAGUGGGGGCCAUCCUGAUCACAGUCAGAGGACCAGAGGUAAGAGGACACACACAGACAUACACAUACAGUGCAUUCGGAAAGUAUUCGGACCCCUUCCCUUUUUCCACAUUUUGUUACGUUACAGCCUUAUUCUAAAAUUGAUUAAAUUAUAUUUUUUCCUCAUCAAUCUACAUACAAUAUCCCAUAAAGACAAAGUGAAAACAGGUUUUUAGAAAUUUUAGCAAAUGUAUUAAAAAUAAAAUUUACAUAAGUAGUCAGACCCUUUGCUAUGAGCUCAGGUGCAUCCUGUUUCCAUUGAUCAUCCUUGAGAUGUUUCUACAACUUGAUUGGAGUCCACCUGUGUUAACUUCAAUUGAUUGGACAUGAUUUGGAAAGGCACACACCUGUCUAUAUAAGGUCCCACAGUUGACAGUGCAUGUCAGAGCAAAAACCAAGCCAUGAGGUCGAAGGAAUUGUCCGUAGAGCUCCGAGACAGGAUUGUGUCGAGGCACAGAUCUGGGGAAGGGUACCAAAACAUUUCUGCAGCAUUGAAGGUCCCCAAGAACACAGUGGCCUCCAUCAUUCUUAAAUGGAAGAAGUUUGGAACCACUAAGACUCUUCCUAGAGCUGGCCACCCGGCCAAACUGAGCAAUUGGGGGAGAAGGGCCUUGGUCAGGGAGGUGACCAAGAACCUGAUGGUCACUCUGACAGAGCUCCAGAGUUCCUCUAUGGAGAUGGGAGAACCUUCCAGAAGGACAACCAUCUCUGCAGCACUCUACCAGUCAGGUCUUGAUGGUAGAGUGGCCAGACGGAAGCCACUCUUCAGUAAAAGGCACAUGACAGCCCGCUUGGAGUUUGCCAAAAGGCACCUAAGUACAGCGAGAUCCUUGAUGAAAACCUGCUCCGGAGCGCUCACGAUCUCAGACAGGGGCGAAGGUUCACCUUCCAACAGGACAACGACCCUAAGCACACAGCCAAGACAACGCAGGAGUGGCUUCGGGACAAGUCUCUGAAUGUCCUUGAGUGGCCCAGCCAGAGCCCGGACUUGAACCCGAUCGAACAUCUCUGGAGAGACCUGAAAAUAGCUGUGCAGUGACGCUCCCCAUCCAACCUGAGAGAGCUUGCGAGGAUCUGCAGAGAAGAAUGGGAGAAACUCCACAAAUACAGGUGUGCCAAGCUUGUAGCAUCAUACCCAAGAAGAAUCGAGGCUGUAAUCGCUUCCAAAGGUGCUUCAACAAAGUACUGAGUAAAGGGUCUGAAUACUUAUGUAAAUGUCAAAUUUCCAUUUUUUAUUUUUUAUACAUUUGCAAACAUUUAUAAAAACCUGUUUUUGCUUUGUCAUUAUGGGGUAUUGUGUGUAGAUUGAUGAGGGGAAAAAAACAAUUUAAUCAGUUUUAGAAUAAGGCUGUAACGUAACAAAAUGUGGAAAAAGUCAAGGGGUCUGAAUACUUUCCGAAUGCACUGUAUAAACACAUACGCAUGGACACGCAUAGACAUAUAAACAUGAAUGCACACACACACACACAUAAUAUAACACACAAACAUACAGUCACAUACAUAUGCAUGCACAUACACACACAGUAUUACACAACACACAGUAUUAGACAACACACACUUGAAUACUUGCUUACAUGAAGCAACAUUUAACAUCAAACCGUUCCCAGCCUUCUUACCUAUGUUGUUUAGCUUGUGGGCUCGCUGUUACUCAAUACACACACACUGGCUAAAUGUAAUUGGACUUUACCCUGCCUCCUCCAUUCCCCAGGUAGUAGGGUCUCGGCCAGGGGAGAGUGAGGAGAGGUUGCGGGCGGUGUUUGGUCGGGCGCGGGCAGCGGCAGAGGAGGGGCCGUGUGUGUUGUUCCUGGAUGAGCUGGACUCUCUCUGUCCCAGACGGACUGGAUCCUCCGCACCCGAGAACCGGCUGGUCGCUCAGCUGCUCACGCUCAUGGACGGCAUGGACCAAUCAGAUCGCUUCCUCAUCGUAGGAGCCACCAAUCAGCCGGACAGCUUGGAUCCAGCGCUACGGAGGCCCGGGAGGUUCGACAGAGAGGUGACUUAAUAUUGUUAUUCAAGCUUAAUUAAAACCAGAAAGUUCCACAGAGAGGUACAGUAAUGAGUGUGUGUGUUGGUCUGUACAAUAAGACUAUCCUGUGUCUGUUGCCUCCAGGUGGUUAUCGGUGCCCCAUCAGGGCAGCAGUAGUUGUCUGUACUGUAAUGUACUCUGUCUACUCUCUCUCUCUGUUGUCCAGGUGGUUAUCGGUGCCCCUACAGCACAGCAGCGGUUGUCCAUCCUGUCAGUGCUGUGCCAGGCCAUGCCAGUGUGUGUCAGUGUGGACUGGGCAGAGCUGGCCCAGAGGACUACAGGGUAUGUGGGUGCUGACCUCAGUGCUCUCUGCCGCGAGGCUGCCAUGCUGGCUAUACGACACAACACACAGGUAAGCAUAGACACACACACAAACACCUUACACUGUAAAGUCAGCUCAUAUUGGUCCUUCGAGCCGGAUCAUCCACACUCACACACAAGACACCACACACAGGUAACCAGCAUACACACACUUGUUCUAACUUUUAUCCAGGUUAUUCUCAUUGAGAUAAAGUCUUAACAUUAUUGACUCAGCCUCCUGCUGUGCGUUGUGUAUGUUGUCAGGGUUCAGGGGAGCAGGCAAUCACCAUGGAACACUUCCUGUCUGCCCUGAAGACUGUCCGUCCGUCCUGUCUGAGGGGCAGUCUGGGACGGACAGACCUCCCAGCCGUCUCCUGGGAACAGAUAGGAGGCCUGGAGGAAGUCAAACUCAAACUACAACAGGUACUGCUGGAACUAUACCGGGCAAACAGCAGCAUUCCUUUGUUUAUUCAUCCAUUCAUUCAUUCACUAUUGCAUCCAUUCAUUCAUCCAUCCAUCCAUCCAUCCAUUUAUUUAACCAAGCACUGAAGAGCAGCAGGCAAUAACAGACACAAGGCUCUGCUCCAAAGUAGUGCACUAGAGUAUAGGGUGAAUAGGGUGUCAUUUGGGACUUGCCCUGACUUCCUGUCCUCUGUUUCUGCUCCCUCCCUGUAGAGUAUAGAGUGGCCGAUGCGUUACCCUGAGGCGUUUGUGCGUCUGGGUCUGUCCCGUCCCAGGGGGGUGUUGCUGUAUGGUCCCCCAGGCUGUGCUAAGACCACCCUGGUCAGGGCUGCAGCCACCUCCUCCCACUGCUCCUUCCUGUCAGUCAGCGGGGCUGACCUCUACUCUCCAUACGUAGGAGACUCGGAGAAGGCCCUGGCUCAGGUAGGGGUUUGGAGAACCCCUCGUCUUAACCGAAUUGUUCCUCUUUUUAUUGUACUAGCAUGCAGUGUUAGACAUUUUUUGAAGCAGUUCGACUUUGUUAUUUGGAGGAAUGUUGCUGUCAUGCUUUAAUCGAUAUAAUCACUUUGGUAGAUGUUAUUGUAUGUGUGCGUGUUUAACCAUGUGGUGUGUUCCUGUCUGUAGCUGUUUCGUCAGGCAAGGGCCUGCGCUCCCUCCAUCCUGUUCCUGGAUGAGGUGGACUCUCUGAUUGGCUCCCGGUCAGAAGGCCACGCCCCUCAGAGUGCCCAGACCCGCCUCCUGUCUGUGCUGCUGAAUGAGCUGGACGGGGUAGGCUUUAGGACCCUGGAGAGGAGAGGAGCAGGGAAGACCCUACAAGCUGAAGGAGUGCAGGAGCGCCACCAACAGGAACAGGUCAGAAAUUACAUCCUACUACUAGAGCACCAAUCAGAACUAGUCGUUUAAGGAAACAUACACCAUAUAAUCACACAAAAAACAUACACACAAACAGCACACUUUUUAUAUCGAUUCUGCUCAGAAUCACUGAUCUACAAAUCACUUAAAGAGUAGCAAUUCUGAGCUUCACAUUGCUCAAACUGAUCCCCUCAAACGCCCUGACAAUCUGCUCCUGUUGUUGUUAACAUGAUGUCCUGUCUGUCUGUCUACCCUCUCUGUCAGUUGGAGUACCAGGAGGUGUGUAACAAGGAAGUGAUGAUCGUAGCGGCCACUAACAGACCAGACUCUCUGGACAGCGCCCUCCUAAGGCCUGGGAGACUGGACCAGAUCAUCUAUGUACCCCCACCUGACCUACAGGUAACUAUUACCACCUUCACCUGAACUACAGGUAAAUAUUACCUCACUUUCACCUGAACUACAGGUAAAUAAUACCUCACCUGUAGGUAACUAUUACCACCUCCACCUGAACUACAGGUAAAUAUUACCUCACCUGUAGGUAUCUAUUACCACACCUUCACCUGAACUACAGGUAACUAUUACCACACCUUCACCUGAACUACAGGUAAAUAUUACCUCACCUGGAGGUAAAUAUUACCUCACCUGGAAGUAAAUAUUACCACACCUUCACCUGAAGUACAGGUAAAUAUUACCUCACCUGGAAGUAAAUAUUACCACACCUUCACCUGAACUACAGGUAAAUAUUACCACACCUUCACCUGACCUACAGGUACAUAUUGCUACACCUUCACCUGACCUACAGGUACAUAUUGCUACACCUUCACCUGUCCUACAGGUACAUAUUGCUACACCUUCACCUGCCCUACAGGUACAUAUUGCUACACCUUCACCUGCCCUAGAGGUACAUAUUGCUACACCUUCACCUGACCUACAGGUACAUAUUGCUACACCUUCACCUGACCUACAGGUACAUAUUGCUACACCUUCACCUGACCUACAGGUACAUAUUGCUACACCUUCACCUGACCUACAGGUACAUAUUGCUACACCUUCACCUGACCUACAGGUACAUAUUGCUACACCUUCACCUGCCCUACAGGUACAUAUUGCUACACCUUCACCUGCCCUAGAGGUACAUAUUGCUACACCUUCACCUGACCUACAGGUACAUAUUGCUACACCUUCACCUGCCCUACAGGUACAUAUUGCUACACCUUCACCUGACCUACAGGUACAUAUUGCUACACCUUCACCUGACCUACAGGUACAUAUUGCUACACCCUCACCUGACCUACAGGUACAUAUUGCUACACCUUCACCUGACCUACAGGUACAUAUUGCUACACCUUCACCUGAUCUACAGGUACAUAUUGCUACACCUUCACCUGACCUACAGGUACAUAUUGCUACACCUUCACCUGACCUACAGGUACAUAUUGCUACACCUUCACCUGACCUACAGGUACAUAUUGCUACAUCUUCACCUGACCUACAGGUACAUAUUCCUACAUCUUCACCUGCCCUACAGGUACAUAUUGCUACACCUUCACCUGACCUACAGGUACAUAUUGCUACACCUUCACCUGCCCUACAGGUACAUAUUGCUACAUCUUCACCUGACCUACAGGUACAUAUUGCUACACCUUCACCUGACCUACAGGUACAUAUUGCUACACCUUCACCUGACCUACAGGUACAUAUUGCUACACCUUCACCUGACCUACAGGUACAUAUUGCUACACCUUCACCUGACCUACAGGUACAUAUUGCUACACCUUCACCUGCCCUACAGGUACAUAUUGCUACACCUUCACCUGCCCUAGAGGUAUAAGACAAGGGUCUGAUGCGCCAGAUUGAUGUUGCUGUGACAUUUUUUAUCUCAGGUACAUGCCUCUGUGUCUGAUCAUCCCUCUGAUCGCACUCUCCCUCUUUCACCUCUCUCUUUCUCCUCUCCCCCUUUUCUCUUCUCCCUCUAUCUCUCCCCCCAGGCGCGUGUGUCCAUCCUGCAGGUGUGUACAGAGAAGAUGCCUCUGGAUGAUGAUGUGUGUCUGGAGGAGCUGGCUGAGCAGACUGACCUCUACUCUGGAGCAGACCUGGAGAACCUGUGCAGAGAGGUACCAAAACACCUAGCCCUUUUAACACGCCUCCCCUUUAAAUACAAUAUACUGUACCUGUCCCUUUAAUCCUUCGCAAUGAGGUACAGUAUACACCAAUACACCUGUCCCUAAAGUAUUUUUCUGAACGAGAAUACAGAUAAUGCUUUUACAGUGGGAUUUCUUCACCACAGUCACUUUUAGAAAAAUGCUUCAGAACAUUUGUAUGUUUUGGCCUCCCGAGUGGCGCAGCGGUCCAUGAGGCGUCGUCGGGUUUAGGGGAGGGUUUGGCCGGCUGGGAUGUCCUUGUCCCAUCGCGCUCUAGCGACUCCUUGUGGCGGGCCGGGCGCAUGCACACUGACUUCGGUUGCCAGCUGUACGGCGUUUCCUCUGACACAUUGGUGCAGUUGGCUUCCGAGUUAAGCGAGCAGUGUGUCAAGAAGCUGUGCGGCUUGGCAGGGUUGUGUUUUGGAGGACGCAUGGCUCUCGACCUUCGCCUCUCCCGAGUCUGUACAGCGAUGAGACUAUCUACUACAAAUUGGAUAUCACGAAAUUGGGGAGAAAAAGGGGUAAAAAGUACCAAAAAAUAAUAAUAUUUGUAUGUUUUAACCAUAGGAGAGAGAAUCGGCAAAGUGUUUGUUUAUACUAUAGAAAUAGAAUGAGAGCUGCGGGGGUUUAACUGUAAUGUUGUUGUCUGCAGGCGGCUCUAUCGACCCUCCAGGAGGAGAGUAUGGAAGCUUCUAGUAUCAAACACCGAUACUUCCUCCAGUCUUUACAGAGGAUGACUCCCUCUCUCUCGACCCAGCAACUACAGACAUACAAAAACCUCUUCAGAUGACAAACUACAGACCCACCUCAUCAUAUGAUGGCUGACAGAUGGGUCGGAUUUGGAAAGUAAAAUAAAAAAUCCAUUUUGUGAACUUCCAUUUUUUGGGGUCUGUUGGCUGUUUCUAU